AGUGAAUGUCAACAACAGAAAAAGAAAUACGGAGAAAAGGUACGAAUUCUGGCCUGUUUCCUUCCACGGCCCGUGAAGACGAUACUGUAGUUGAUGGGGUUGCCGGAUAAAGAAAUAUCUGGGCAAGAAGCUUCCGCCGCGAUGACGUCCGCUGCUGUGGAAAACUAACCGAUUUCUCGACAUUAUUUUUUACAAUGGAGCUGGACUCGCUUUUAAUUUGCUUCACACAAUAACAUUGUGGGUUUUUGUACAAAACAGCAUGGCUGCCCCUCGCAGCCUUAGCAUCUUCAGUAUUUUAUUUUUGACAGCAGCCUGCACCCUGGAGCGGGCCUCCAGUUUGAUGUAUUGUGGCAAAUCACCAAAAAUACAACAGGACAGGCAAGGAGAAAUUUAUAGUUCAGGCCUUCAUGGCCUUCUAGGGCCAGUUAACUGCAGCUGGACAAUUAUCUCAGAAGUGGGAGAGCGUGUCAUUCUCAGUUUUUCUCAAUUUACUGUGAAAUGUGGACGAGAAUGGGUAAUCGUGGCACCGCUUAAUGGCACACCCAUCCCACUUUGUGGUAACCAGCUGCCUAAGCCACUCGAGUUGUAUGGGGGAAACAUUACAGUAACGCAUCACUACUACCCACACUUCUACCCUGUUGCAGGAUUUCGCCUGUCAUAUAUUAAAGGGUCUGGUCCCUGUUACCCAGGUGAGUUUGAGUGCUACAGUGAACGCUGUCUUCCUGCGUCCUGGCAGUGUAACGGCCAAGUGGAAUGUCUCGGGCAAGGCGAUGAGCUUGGUUCUGACGAAGAAGGCUGCGAUUUUGUCAACCUCCAACCUCACUUUGACCACAACCCCUCACUCCUCCCGACUAAAACCCCCACCAGUGUAGCCAUGGACUUUGACACAGAGAAAGGCCAUCUGCCACACAGAGAACCCAACGUGCCACUUCUCUCUCAAGGAGGGCCUUGUGGAGGCUAUCUGCAGGCGUUUUAUGGCUCUUUCCUCCCCCCUUUGCUGACAGGAGCCCAAAUGGAGUGUGUGUGGACAGUUGACCCCCAGGACCCACGGCCUCUUAAGCUGGAGCUGCAGCAGCUGGUGUUGGGGUCAGCAGACAACCUUAUUAUCACUGACCAGCCAGACGGUGCCGGAAAUGUCAUUAAAAUUAUCACAUCUACGUCCAAUUUUAAAACAGUGGAGGUGGAGUCCAAGACUGGUCUGCUCUCUCUAACCUAUCGUGCACAAGCUGGCUCUGAGGGGCGGGGCUUCAAUGCCACCUAUCGAAUCGCUGACUACUGCCUGCCUUGGGAGGGUCUGUGUAAGGGUUCUGAGGGGGGCUGCUACACACAGAAGCAGCGGUGUGAUGGUCACUGGGAUUGUCCAGAGACCGGUCGGGAUGAGGAGGGGUGUGGAGGGUGCCCAGCUGGCCACUUCCCCUGUGGGGCAGUGCAGAGGGCAGGUCACGUAAUUGGCCGGCCUUUCUGCUACACCGCUACUGAGAGGUGCAACUACCAGCUGAACUGUGCUGAUGGCAGCGAUGAGCGCGAAUGCACUGUCUGCCAGCCAGGAACCUUCCACUGCGACAGCGACAGAUGCGUGUUUGAGAGUUGGCGCUGUGACGGACAAGUGGAUUGUAAGGAUGGCACUGAUGAGAUGAACUGCACCGUGACUCUGCCUCGAAAGGUCAUCACUGCUGCAACUGUGGGCAGCCUGGUGUGUGGACUGUUGCUGGUCAUUGCUAUGGGUUGCACCUGCAAGCUAUACUCACUUCGCACUCGUGAAUACAGUUUGUUUGCCCCGAUUAGCCGCCAAGAGGCGGAGUUUAUCCAGCAACAGGCCCCGCCCUCCUAUGGCCAGCUGAUUGCUCAGGGAAUAAUUCCUCCAGUAGAGGACUUCCCCACUGAGAAUCCCAAUGAGCCCACCACUCUUUCUCUGAGAGGACUGCUUCAGCUCCUCAGACAGGACAAUAUCUCCUCACCUCGGCGACGGCGCAGGCCGCGAUUUGUCCGCCGUGCCAUGCGUCGCUUGCGGAGGUGGGGCAUCAUUCCCAGGCCUGCAUCUAGGUCCACGCAGACCACAAGUUCUACUUCUCAACAGACAGAGGCUGCUCCUAACGGCCAAGAGUCUAAUCAGUCAGGUUCUGGAGGCUCCUCCUUGGCCAGGGAAGUGGCCAACCAGCCCUUGCCUCAAAAAGUACCCCCCCAACCGACAGAGCAGCAACAGCAAGCAGAGGCUCAGGCUCCACCUCCCCCUCCUCCUCCUCCUUCACCUCCACCUCCUCCCUCCAGCCAGCCUGCCGAUGCUCCAGAAACACCACAUGCCAUUCCUGUUGCCAUUCCACCCAGUAGCCCCUCACUGGCCUCUCUCUUCCAUUCACUGGGGCUGAGUAUCUCUCUUUUCAGACCCUCGUCCUCCUCUACUGCUCGUCCUCUUUCAGCCUCCCCCUCCUUUUCCUCCUCUUCUUCAGAUGAUGAGGUGCUGCUGAUCCCUCUCACUGAUGACACAAUCUCUGAGGAUGACGUGCCCAUGCUGACCUGAGCUACCGCUGCUGCUUUCUCCGUUGCUCUGUUGCCUUUCUGUUUUUUGUUUCCUCUUGCACACUUUUACUUUCUCACCACUAAAUUAUGAUCUGGGCAGCACAUAAGCAGCAUCUUAGUUGUAGUCUGUGCUGUCAAGGUGCCUUAACUCAAAUGAGUUUGUUUGCCUGUCUUAAGAUUAUGGAGUAUUGAGACUUGAGUAUGUAUGUGGAUCUAUGUUUGUAUGUUGGAUGUGCACUUACUCAGAGAUUGUGUGAUGGAGGACAACUUUGCACAGAGAAUCUUCCCUAGCCUCUCCUAAUGAAAUUGUAUUGUCUUAGCCUUUGCUAAAUUUACUGCACCAUGCUACACAUAUACAGUCUGGCAUUGUAGGGUUUAUUUUUAACAGAGUGUUAAAGAGUUCCAUUUACUUACAUCUCUGUAUGUAUAUGGUACUGUGCAAAACUUGGAGACCACUUUUCAUUUAUGUAAUUUCCAGUCAAAACGGCUAUUAAAUAUUAAAUAUAAGAUAAUCUACUUGCAUAAGGAAGGGGAAAAUAUAGGGAAAAUAAAUGAAAAACAGGAGUUUCAAAAACUGGAGUUCAAAAAACGAUUAAAAGAAAAACGGAUUUAGUGAGAAUAUUUGCAAUUCAAACAAAGAUGUGGGUGUUCUCAUAACAAUGGACUGACCACCUCAGAGUCCAGAACCCAGCAUCAUUGAAUGUGUUUAAGCAGAAAAUACAACCAACUGCUAAGACUGAAUGCUGGAACUGAGGAAAAAUAUUCCUGCAGAUGUUAAAGCUGUAAUAAAAACAAAGGGUGGACACAGUAAAUAUUGACAAAUAUAAUAGUGUAUUUAGCUAUUGAAGUUUCUGUGUAAAUUUCUGUUGUCCUGAUGUUGAAAAAUGAAUAACUAGCACUUAAUGGCCUUUUUGCCUGGAAAUGAAAUAAAUGAAGGGUGAUCUCUGACGUUUCACAGUACUGUAGGUGUGUAUGUACCUCAUACUGCUAUACGUUUAGCUGUGUGUAUUCCUCAGAAGUGCCUUUGAAUGAGCUUCCUGUAGAUCACUAGACACGAUGUGACUGUAUGUACUUGCACAUAAAAACACACAUGCACAAAAGUUUACACAAUGACUUUGUAUUCACCCUGGUUGUGUCUAUGGUAGUGCAUGGCAAUUGUGGCAAUAAUUUUGAAGUGUGUAAGAGUGUGUGGGCACCUGUUAGAGUGUGUAUGUAUGUUUGUGCGUGAAUGCAGUCACUCAGACAAUCCCUCUCGGUGCCUGAGGCAAUUGUACGCACCACCAAGCCGAACAACAUCACGGUUGCUCUGAUGAUAACUUUUCUUUUAGAUUCAGCUUUUGGCUCAGUGGUCAAAGAAUGAAACAUAUUAGUGCCAUAAAUAUGAUCAUCUGAUCUCGCCUGCUCUUACGGAUAACUUCUGUUUCCUCUGUCAAUAUUGUUUUAUUACUGAAUGUAUUUUUUGAAAUGCCUAGUAAUGUGUAAUGUGUUUCUGGUCAGUGGUGAUUGCAAUAGAAAGCUGUGGUUUGGAAAGGAAAAUUAAGUGAUUUUAUUAGGACGUUUCACUGUAUAUAUGCUAAAAGAACUAGAAAAUUCACAAUGAAUAAAUGAUUUGCACUUUUA